AUGGUGAUCGGGGGAUCGCUCUUCCACCAUCGGCCAGUACACAAAGUGACAUGGGUUUCCCGUGAUGGCUUCACGGAGAAUCAAAUCGAUCACAUCUGCGUCAGUCGAAAAUGGAGAAGGAGCCUCCUUGAUGUGCGUAACAAUCGUAGCGCCGAUAUAGCGUACGACCACCAUCUCCUAAUCGGCGAGAUCCGGCUGCGUAUUGCAAGGAUUUAUCGACAGGAGGAGAAGAUCGGGCGUCGGGUUAACACACGUCGUCUGGAAGAUGCUGCGAACGCCUUCAUCGCUACCGGCGAGAAUAAUCUGGGUGAGCUACGUAACCAGAGAAAACAGUGGAUCACAGAUGACACCUGGAAGAAGAUAGAGGAAGCUAAAACACGAGGAGCCAAAUCCGCAGCCCGUCAGUGCUAUUCGGCUCUAGAGAAGGAAGUGAAACACUCAUGUAGACAGGACAAAAGAGCGUGGGCAGACUCCCUAGCCGACGAAGUGAUCCUGAACCGGAUACAGGAGAAGUUUGACGCAACUCUCCGACGGCAGCAGGCAGGAUUCCGUGCCGGACGAUCCUGUGCCGACAAUAUUGUCACGCUCCGUAUCAUCCUGGAGCAAGUCAAUGAAUUCCAAGAGUCUCUCUACUUAGUGUUCAUCGACUACGAAAAAGCUUUCGGCCGUCUCAAUUACGAAAAUAUGUGGGGAGCACUGAGACGCAAGGGAGUCCCUGAGAAAAUCAUCGGUCCAAUUGAAGCACAGUACGAGGCAUUUUCGUACAGAAUAUUGCACGAUGGUGUCUUGUCUGACCCCAUCCGGGUCGUGGCUGGAGUUAGGCAAGGAUGUAUUCUAUCACCGCUACCGCUACUGUUCCUCAUCGUAAUCGACGAGAUCCUGGUAGGAGCGAUUGACCCGGCAGGUCUCAAAAUCAACGUCAACAAGACCAAAUCGUUGGAUAUAAACACGGUCAACCCUUCCAGCUUUACGGUAGCUGGGCAAGCAGUGGAGAAUGUCGAAAGCUUCCAAUAUCUUGGUAGCCAAAUGGCGUCUAAUGAAGGCACCAAGAUCGACAUAGGAGCACGGAUCAAGAAGGCGAGGGCUGCUUUUGCGAGUUUAAGAAAUAUCUGGAAAAAACAAUCAGAAUAG